GUGAGUUUGCCCUCCUCGGGUGUUCGGGGGGCUCGGGGGGAUACAGACUCCGGAGAGGGUCUCAUCACACAAACAACAACAUGACUGCGAGUGUGAAAGCGGCGUUGAAAACCCACUUCGGGUUCGACGGCUUCCGGACCAAGAUCCAGGAGGACGUGGUGAGCGCGGUGCUGAAAGGGGACCGGGAUGUGUUCGUGUGCAUGCCCACAGGAGCAGGGAAGUCCCUCUGCUACCAGCUGCCUGCGGUGCUGGCUGAGGGCAUCACCCUGGUCAUAUCCCCGCUCAUCGCCCUCAUCCAGGACCAAGUGCAACGCCUGACGGAUCUGAACAUCCCCGCCUGCUCCAUCAACUCCAAGCUCCCAGUGGGCGAGCGCCGUCUGAUCAUGGGCGACCUGGAGAGCAGCCAGCCGAAGCUGAAGCUCCUCUACAUCACUCCGGAGAUGUUGGCGUCCUCCUCGUUCAAGCCGUGCCUGACGGGCCUGUUGUCCCGCGGCCUGCUGUCCUACAUGGCCGUGGACGAGGCCCACUGCGUCUCCCAGUGGGGCCACGACUUUAGGCCGGACUACCUCAAACUGGGUGAGCUGCGUGCGCGUCUACCUGGAGUUCCCUGCUUGGCCCUGACCGCGACAGCACCCAAGAAUGUGCAGGAGGACAUUCUUAAGUCCCUCAGGCUGCGCUUGCCGCUGUCCUUUGUUACUGAGGUGUUCCGCAGUAACUUGCACUAUGAUGUGAUCUUCACGGAGCUGCUGCCGAACCCUUAUGUCCACCUCCAUGCUUUUAUUAAGGAAGCACUGGCGCUGGACAGCGGGUCUAAUGGACAGGGCUGUGGGAUUGUUUACUGUCGGACCAGAGACGGCUGUGAAACGGUGGCUUACCAGCUGACCAAGCUCGGAGUCCUGUCCAAGCCUUAUCAUGCAGGUCUGAAAACGGGAGAUCGCACUGAGGCCCAGAAUGACUGGAUGCAGGGCAAAGUUUUGGUUAUUGUCGCCACCAUCAGUUUCGGCAUGGGAGUAGACAAGGCCAAUGUCAGGUUUGUAGCUCAUUGGAACCUCGCUAAGUCGCUGGCCAGUUACUACCAAGAGUCUGGGCGAGCGGGCAGAGACGGACUGCCCGCCUCCUGUCGCACAUACUACUCCCGGAAAGACAAGGAGCAAAUUAACUUCCUCAUCCGAAAGGAAGUCGGCCGCAGACAGUCAAAACGCGGCUCCUCAAAGGACGCGGACAAAUCAGCGAUCAAAGACUUCGAAGCCAUGGCGUCAUUCUGUGAGAAAGAAGGUUGCCGUCAUGCCAUCAUCUCCAAGUUCUUUGGGGACAAGGCGCCAAACUGUGCCGGCGCCUGCGACUUCUGCCGAAACCCUAAAGCGGUCCGAGCCCAGCUGGAGAAAGGAGGAAGCCUCAGCACCAGAACCGCUGCAGCUCAGAGCAGCGAGCCCACGGGACCGUUUGGCUUCAUUCCAAAACAGUAUGAAGGUGGAAGGAAGGGCUACGGCUUUGAGAGGUUCGAUGAAGGGGAGAACAGCGGCAGUGAAGAUGACGGCUCACACAGGAAAAAGGAGUUUUCCGACCUCUUCAAGAAGCAGAUGAAGAUACGGAAGGGAACUGACGGCCAGAGGGGAGAUUUCGUUCCUCCAGACGACAGCUGCCAGCUCCGAGAUGCCAGCAGCCAGAGGAUCCCCAGGCUCACUGUGAAGGCCAGAGAGCACUGCCUGUACCUCUUGGAAGAGGCAAUGAUUGACCACCAGGGGGCAGCAGGCACAUUCAUCUACGACCCUCUGUCCUCGGCGGCGGAUGUGGAACACGAGGUUUUCAAGAACAGCAAGUCUGCCAACUUGUACAAGGCUGCUGUGCUGAAGAAGGUGGCAGAAAUGAAGAAAGCAGCAGCUUCCUCGACUGGAGGAGAAAAGGGAAAAGACGACAAGACGACCAGCAGCGGUGAAGCUGGAGAAGUUGAGUCGAAACCCACAGGGGAAGCAUCCACCUCCUCUUCUUCCUCCUUUUCUGAGCAGCUGCAGGGGUUCACAUCUGCAUCUGAAGUCUACUCCCUGAAGCGUAAGAGGGUGGGAGCCGGCCUGAGGGGCUCAUCCGACCCCUUCAAGACCGCCAAGGAACUGCUGGCUUCCAACAAAGGGUCCGAGAGUGGUGGCUUUUACAAUGAUGGCUCAGGAGACUGCGGAGAGUCGUCUGUCGAGGGAAACAAGGCGAGAACAAAGACAGACACGUCCUCAGCUGUAACAUCGACCAUCAGAGACCGAGCAAAUGCAGUGGCUGCAUCCACAGACAGCCCGACGAAAGCCGGCAAAGCCACGAGCAAGAAGCAGCAGAAGCUGGAGGAAGCGGCAAAGAGUUCCCGCAACAUAUCCCAGUAUUUUGCAAAGAAGGAAACAACGGAAAAAAUCCAGGAGGAGCCACCGGAGCUGAAGGGACUUGAUGCUAUGGAGUCUCAAACUUCCACCUUACUCCAGCAGGAAGAGAUCAUCCAGCUGGAGGACUCACUUUCCAGUGUGGAAGCCAUGGAGGACAGUCCUGUGGAGUCCGAGGUUCAGGAUGUGACGCAGGAGGAAAGUAGAAAGGAAGUGAUCAUUAUAGCUGAUGAUGACGAGGAGGAAACGCAUCAAACAGAGACUUUGGAGCUGAAGCAGAUUCAUGACACAUCUCAUCAGGAAAUGAGAAAAGAAGCAGAAGAAGAAGCAGCCGAACCAGCUCUAAUACCAGAGUUGACAGAUGACAUGAAGGCAAACGGAGAGUCGUCGUCGUCUCCUCCGCUGAAACGCAGCCGGCCUCCAGAGGGCAGCAGCAAGAGAGUGACCUUUAACCCCAACGUGCAGGAGAGGGCGCUGCAGCCGGCGAGCGAGCCGCCCACGCCGCUGACGCUGAAGGAAGCGGCCGAUGUCGUCGUCCGAUACCUGGACCCGUUUUACAAACGGGGGAAGUUUGCCACCAAGGAGCUGUUCAAGUCCUUUGCUCGCUACUUGUCUCACCUUCUUACCCAAGGAAGGAGUCCGGGAAAAGGUCAAGUUAAAGCAGAAGCCAAAGCUCUCAUCAAGAAGUUCUUCAACAAAGUCCAGCGCUGUGAGAGCGAGGCCGACUGGAAGCACCUUAAAAGAUCGCCCAGCUGUAACGCCACAGAGAACAAGGCAUGAUGGGAAGGGGAACGUCCCUUUUUUUUAAGGCCAACCCCUUCACCUCCUCUUCGUCAGUGCCUCUUGUUUCAUCGAUCUCAGGCUUUGCCACCGACGCCUCGCGACCAGUUUCAUGGUCGAUUUGCUGCUAAACUUCUGCUUUCAGUCCAAGCUGCUGGUUCGUCAGCAAUCAAGCAAUAAAAUAUGGACGGUUACAGCCGGAGAUUGCAGAAGUAGAACGAUGAUGCGUGUUCUUUUAUGUCUCUGUCUGUUACCUGAAGGUUGUGUACACUUUGCAUUGCUGACGACCAACACUUGAAAUGACUGAACCUGCAGAAACAGACUUCAUCUCAGUGCAGUGAGGGAAUAUCGUGUAUGUGGCACUUCACUCUUCUUAUUGUCUCCUUUUCUCCUGCACUUGUACAUGUUUCAAGUCUCUGUGUGUUGAUAUUCAUACUGAGAAUCACUGGAGUUUAUCCUCUGGGGAUCAUGAAUGUCUGCACUACAUUUCUUCCAAAUCCACGGAUCAGGCCUCAUUCCGGUUGUCAGUGAUGUGAAGUGUACACACUCUGAAGUAAACUGGUGAAAGCAUAAAAAGCACUAUGAAUUAAACCAUAUUGUUCUGUGUUGUUAUAGAUAUUUUUUACUUUUAAUUGCUGCUCCAUAUUUUGACUUGAACUGCAGAACAGACAGCAAAGCAAAAGGGCAUAAAUGAUAGAUACUGUAUGAUAUAAAAGUCUGUACUUUAUUUGACUUAAACAUAAUUUGGUAGAUUUUUUUGUUUGCGCUGAAGGACGUGUGUUUUUCUUUUUAUCUGGAUGGUUUCUCGUGUCAGUGCCCGUCAGGUUUGUCUCCACAGACCAGAGGAAGAAAAACCACCAAAGAGUCAAACUUGAAGCAGCGAUGGACAAAGACUUGAGUCUGAGAACAGCCAUCUUUGAUCUGCUCUUUGCUGCCAAACGUUUACAAUAAAAUCUUUGCUGAAU